UCUGGUGCGGAGCACGACUGCACAGUCCGGUCAUUGAUUGAUUGUAUAUGUGCAGAUAUUAAAUUAAAUAGAUACAAUUUAUUUUUUCUUGGGAUUUUAAAAUAUACAUCAUCGCAGUUCGUGCGGGGGACGAAUGGAAAGAUCGUGAAAUCACCUUAAAUCCAUAUCCAGGAUUUGUUUCGCCUUCAGCUGGCUCAGUUCGACAGAGCUGUCGUUUUCUUGAGUGAACAUGACGGCAGGCUCGAUCGUGGCACCUCAGAUCAUUCCCAUCAGAAUUCCCCUGCCUGGCAAGGCCAAGCACCAGAUAGACACCAACACACCCGUGGAGAUCAAGUCAGACACCCCAGACGUCAGUAUUUUCUUCACCCUGGACGGCAGUAAACCGGAGGUGCUGAAGAAGCCGGGGUUUGGAGAGAGCAGCACACUGCGGUACCGGGGGCCCGUAGCCUUACCUGAGGGUAAGGUAACGGUGAAAGCACUCGCUGUUAGCAGGGAUGGCAGGGAGAGUGCAGUCGUCACCAAGUUCUUCCUGGUAGAGUAUCUUCCUCCUCCUGAUGACCCAGCCUUACUUGAAGAUGAUAAAGACAACUUUCUUGAAGAGUACACCCAGGACACGGCCCGCGACACUGCCUGGGACACGACCCGAGACACUGCCCGCGACACAGCCCGGGACACUGCCCGCAAGGAAUCCCUGGAAGGAAGCGCUUUCUUUCCGGGCGGGAGAAGAGCAGCAGGCAGCGCCUGGGAGGAGACGGCACAGAAGCUCCAAGCUGUGAAGAUCCAGGGCCGCCUCUCCCACAAGCCUCCCAAGGGACCCCACUACCUGACCACUCGCCUGGGUCCCCUCUGGCCAGGCUCAGAGCCUGUCUCCGCCCUGUCCUCUCACCGGCUACAGGCAGAGGAAUCUGUAGACAAUCCCCGGAAAAGUCUGACUAGCACCCAGAUGUCCCGAAUCCAAAGAGAAACAGACUUCCUUAGGUGUGCCCAGUGCCUUUCUCCUCGCCCCUCGGACCCCUUUGCCCGUUUCUGCCUGCAGUGCGGCGCCCCUGUGCCCCCAGUGCCGGGCCAACGACUGCCCCCCCCAGAAGGAGGACAGAUGGUGAUGUGUGUCCACUGCAAAACAAUGGUGCCCUUGAACACCUCCACCUGCGUCAUCUGUGAGGCUCCUCUGGCCCCGCAGCUGCAGGCCCAGGCCGGCAUCAGGCUCCAGGACAAGCUCAUAUGUCAGGUGUGUGGGACAGGCAACCCAGUGCACAUCAGUCACUGCGUCACCUGUGAGACCAAGCUGCCUGAAUCUCUGAAUGCUGUCUUUGGCGGGCAGAGUGCAACACCUGUGCCCAUUUCUGAUGGCAAGAUGCUCUCCUGCUCCAAAUGUGGGAGAGUCAACACAUCAGAUGCCCGUUUCUGUGACUGGUGUGGCGCCAAGCCUGCGCAGCCAGUGAGCUACGUGACCUGUUCUCGGUGUGGGGCAAGCAGUCACCCCUAUGCCAACUUCUGUGGCUCCUGUGGGGUGUACCUGGAGGCCCCCCCCAGACCAGACUCUCGCGCCAGCAUGUCCUGGUCAGCUCUAGACCCAGACCAGAUCCGCUCAAUGCAGGCGCAGGACGCCACCUGGCAGCCCCUCUCCCUGUCCCUGCCACAGCCCUGGGCAGAGCAGACCCAGAGAGUGGACCGGCAGACCCAGACAGUCGGGCUGUUCUACCCGUCCAGCACCGAGCUGCAGAAGAAGGAGCAGCAGGUGGCCCAGCAGCUGGAGAAGCAGGAGCAGAUGAGGGACCGCAAACCCUUGCUCACGGCCGUCAGCCCCGGCAGAGGGUACUGGAGGAAACAGCUGGAUCACAUCUGCGCCCACCUCCGGAGCUACACGCAGAACAACACCGAAUUCCGAGCCCUGAUCGGCGAGCCCCGGAUGGGGAAGAUGAUCUCAGCUGUUAUACAGGAAGACAACUACGAAGUCAGUCUGAGAAUCAAUUUCGUUCUGGCAGGAGACAAGCACGGCCUCACAGGCAAUCCGUUCAGGCCGUCCGGGAACAACCUGCUGAGCAGCGUGACGGAGGGGAGGAGCAGCCUGUCGGGCAGCCAGGCCAGCCUAGGAAGUGAAAACAAUGUCCUGUUUGCUGCAGUUCCCAAGAAAUCCAAAAAGAAGAAAAGAAAGCCCUUGGAGACGCAGGACAGUGUACCAUCCCGGGACAGGCAGCUGCUGCAGGAGCUGGGGCCCCAGGGGAGAGGCCGGAUUUCCGUGGUGCAGCAGCUACUGGAUGAGGGCGCUGACCCGAACCAUCUGAACAGCGACGGGCGCCCAGCUCUCACUGUGGCUGUGCUGGGUGGGCACCAUGAGGCUAUCCCUGUACUGGUUCACAAAGGAGCCGACAUUGACCAGCAGUCGGGACCGGUGAACAACACAGCCCUGCACGAGGUGGCUGCUCUGGGGAACCAGGGGCUGCAGUGCGCCGAGACACUGCUGGGAUGUAACGCCAGCAUCAGGAAGAAGAACGACAAGGGUCUGACGGUUUAUGACUUGGCUGUGAAGUCGGGCUGCAAUCCACUCAUUUCGUUGUUUGCUGCCAAAAUGGGCCAGGGCCUGGUGGACAAACUGUCCAAGCCCAGGACCGUUAGUUUAGAUGCAUUUUAACAACAGGCACCAAGGCCCACAUACACAUACUUCUGCUUCCUACGGUCCUCUACUGAGAGGCCUGUUUCUGUUAAGUGGAAUUUCACAAUGUCAGAUUAUGGGAGUGUAUUUUUUUUUUGUUUAAAUCAAACCAAUUUAUGGACACUUUUCUAUUGCGUGUGCUAGGAUUUGUCUUGGUUGGCAAUCCAUCCACCAGUGCAGUAGGCAAAUGAAUUACAGUGAAGUAAUUUCAAUCACAAUGAAAGAGUGUUUUCUUAACGGAUUCUGACAGACGUAGGCCAAAAUAAGGUUCUUAAGAAGAUAAGACCAUUUGGCCUAUCUGGUAGUCAGUAGUUUAUUGAUCCCAGGAUCUCAUCUAUCUGUUUCUUGAAAGAAGCCAGUGUAUCAGCUUCAACAACAUUUUGAAUACUUGUAUCAGGUCCCAUCUUAGUCUUCGCUGCUUUGUUCCCUCAGUGAUAUUAAUACAGGACAUUUGCCUUGAGCCCCAGAAUGUUUCUGGUUGCUGUUCUCUGGGCUGAUUCCAGAACAGCAAUAUCUUUUUUGUCAAGUGGUGACCAAAAUUGUGCACAGUAUUCUGAAGAAGGAAUCCUUACUGGCGUAUAUACUGUAAAACUACAUAACAUCCCGUAAUUUGAAUUAUACACCGUUGAUAGCCCUUAUAGCCUAACAUUUUGUUUGGCUUUAGCUUUCUGCUUAUUGUUAAUGUUCAACUAUUAUUAAUGGUAAGAACAAAGAAUUGAUAAGGGGUUGUGAGUUUUACACAUGAAAAUUCACUUAAGAUAAAUCUUACUUCAGAACAGCCUUUUGUGUUUUUGAUCUAUUGCAUCAUCAGCUGUGUGUGUGGAUAAAUCAUAAUACUAUAAAUUACACUUGUCACCUUUAUGCCUCUGAAAUACAAACUUUUUAGAUCAAUCAUUUUAAAAUAUUUCUUGCUUCAUGUUUUUGCUGGUGCCAACAUCAAAUGGAAUUAAAUGACUAUUCAGAGCCCAUUAAUUAGCUAUUAGAAAUGAAGGUGAGGCUAUAUGAUGAUUUCCCUGUAUAACGCUAAGGAUUUUCAUGUGAAAAUACAAUAUUUUAAUUAAAACACGUUACAUUUGA